CUUCGCUUUAGGAUUGAAACUUAGCUUAGAUCUCUGCAAUGGAACUAACCCUCAGAUCCCUCUCACCCUUGGCCUAUGGUGCCCUCAAUUGUCGUAAAAAUUUUGCCAUGGCAUCCCCAAGAAUGAGAAUCAAGCAAGGGAGAUCAGAAUUGCCCAACCUCACAAUCACUUCGAAGAUUGAUGAGUUGCAAGUGACCGAAAGGCGAUCGGCUAAUUACCAUCCUAGCAUUUGGGACCCCAAAUUUAUUGAGUCCUUAAGCACUCCCUAUACGAAUGAGGGCUAUUCCAACCGAUUAGAGGACUUGAAGGAAGAAGCUAAAAGGGUAAUUAAGGACGCUAGAGACACUUCCUCCCGAUUAGAGCUCAUUGAUUCGAUGCAACGGUUGGGAGUGGCUUACCAUUUGGAGGAGGAGAUCAAAGAGGCUACUGAUCUUGUUCAUUUGGAUGAUACCACUACCGAUGAUCUUUUCACAACUGCACUGCGAUUUAGACUUCUACGACAACAUGGCUAUUCAAUUAGCUCAGAUGUUUUCGAUAAAUUCAGAAGUAAAGAUGGGAGAUUCAUGGAUGGCAUAAGCCAGGAUAUUGCUGGGCUUUUGAGUUUGUAUGAAGCUUCCCAUCUUGGAGUAGAGGGAGAAGAUGACUUGGAAGAAGCCAGGAGGUUCAGUACCAUGCAUUUGACGUCACUGGUUGGGAAUUUGGAGGGUGAUUUAGCUGAUCAAGUGCAGCAGUCCCUGGAAGUUCCCUUACACUGGAGGAUGCCAAGGCUAGAAGCCCGAAACUUCAUCGAUAUCUAUCAAAGGCGCAAUACAAGGAAUUCAGUUCUCCUUGAGCUAGCCAAGUUGGACUACAAUCUAGUGCAAUCAGUAUAUCAGAAGGAGUUGAAGGAGCUAACAAGGUGGUGGACGGACUUGGGAUUUAAGGAGAAGCUAAGUUUUUCUCGGGAUCGAUUGAUGGAGAACUAUUUGUGGUCAAUGGGGAUCGCUCCUGAGCCCCACUUCUCCAAAUGCAGGAUAGGACUCACCAAAUUCAUAUGCAUAUUUUCCGCUGUGGAUGACAUGUAUGACAUAUAUGGAUCACCGGAUGAGCUUCGACGUUUUACAGAUGCUGUGAAUCGAUGGGAUACUGAGGCACUGGUGGACCUUCCAGAUUACAUGAAGAUAUGUUACUUGGCCAUGUUCAACUUUGCUAAUGAAAUGGCAUAUGAUGCAUUAAGAGAUCAUGACCUAUAUAUUUUACCCUAUCUUAAAAGUCAGUGGCUAAAUCUCUGCACAUCCUACUCAAUGGAAGCUCAAUGGUUUUACAAUGGGUAUAAGCCAAGCAUCGAUGAAUACUUAAGCAAUGCCUGGACUUCCGUAGGGGGUCCUGCAGCCAUGGUCCAUGCCUAUUUUCUAAUGGGUUGUGCCACCAAGGGAAACUUGAACAAUUGUUUAGACAAUGCCUCUAAUCUAUUUUACUGGUCAUCUCUUAUUACUCGACUUAGCGAUGAUUUGGGAACUUCUUCGGCCGAGAUGGCGAGAGGCGACGUGGCAAAAUCUAUCCAAUGUUACAUGAUUGAAGAACGUAUAUCUGAAGAACAAGCUCGAGAUCAAGUAGAGAAGCUUAUAGGUUACUCAUGGAAAAAGUUGAAUGAAGCAAGUAUUGAUAGCUCUCUCCCAAAGUCCUUAAUAAAUUCAUCAUUGAACAUGGCACGAUCAGCUCAAUGUAUUUUUCAGUUUGGAGAUGGUAUCGGUACAUCAAUUGGGGUGACCAAAGAUCGAUUGACAUCAUUCAUCAUCAAUCCAAUAUUGAUAGAACCAAGCACUAAACCCUAUCUUGAUGGCAUGAAGAUGAGCAACAGAAAUGAUUCAUUGUAAUCGGAUGAGAUUGCA